AUGCGUCCACCGAGGAUCGCCAUCCUCGCCUUCUUCUUCGGCGCCUGCCUCUUCAUCCUUGGCCGUGCCAUCACGACGGCCACCACGAGGUCGACCACUCCGCCUCCUCCCGCCAUCGACUCGCUGCCCCUUGCCACCACGAAGCGCAUAGGCACCUUUUCGUCGCUCUUCUCCUUCUCGGCGCCUUUCAUUCUCUUCCCACCCAACGCCGUAAUCACCAUUGCCGACGACAACACCACAUCUUUCGCCGCCAGACCCGCGGCAUUUGGUCCUCCUCUGCCCGCGUUCGGUCUCACAGGUCAGCUAUGGAUUGGCAGUGGGUUCACCGAGGAGUCGCUACUCGACGGCGAAGGCGAGGGUGAGCGAGGCUGUAGUGACGCUCCCAACUGGGACGAUGGCACAAAUUCAGUGUUCACGCCCUUGAGUGGUAGCCCCAAAGAUCGACUGCCCGCUGUUGGUGUUGCUGCCAAGUCGAAGCCACCUCCGAUCCCGCUUGACGAUGGUACAGACGACUAUCUGCACCAGGGUCUCGGUGGAAAACCUGUCAAGCAGACUCAGAGCGACGCUUUCGGCCUCGACAGCGUCGGACAUGCCGACAUUCAGUCCAUCCAGGAGGGUGCUGAGAUUGCUGGCAAGAUUGUUCUUCUGAGUCGUGGAGGCUGCGGGUUCCUCGAAAAGGCCAAGUGGGCUCAGCGGCGUGGCGCGGUCGCUCUUAUCGUUGGUGACAACCAGCGUGGCGGGCCUCUGAUUCAGAUGUUCGCCAAGGGCGACACUUCCAACGUCACGAUUCCGUCCAUCUUUACCUCGCGCACUACUGCGUAUCUGCUUUCUCUCAUGCUGCAGUCUGGCGCAGGUUUCGAAAAUGUCAUGGAUGAGCAUGGGAAGCUGGCUCUCAAGGGACAGCCACUCGACAAGACCACCAAGAACAAGAAGGGGAAGGAGCAGGGCACUCACUCGGCUGCUUCGGUGGCAACUAGUGGUGGGAAGGGCACAAGUGGCAAGUCUGCGGUCACCGCGGACAGCACUGCAUCCUCUUCCGGCUGGUUCGCUCGUCUCUUCGGCAUCGGAACGACUUCCGGUGCUGGCGAUGUCGAUAACAGACCGCCGAGAAGCGGACGACUGGAGUGGAAGCAAGUCGAGGAUUUUAGCGAUGAGAUCGAUGCUCCGGCUGCAAAAGGCCGCGCGAAAACUGGCACAGCGGUCAAAUCGACGUCGGACCAGGUCACGCCUGACGACUUUCAGAUCGGAGUGCAAGACUGGCGUGAUCCUGAUCUGGUGGGAUUUGAGGAUGGCGCGGACAACGCCGACAGCAGUCUGCCGAAAACGAAGAAGACCCCCGAGUCCGCAGCGAAACGAGCAGCGGAGGAGAAGCCACGACAAGCGAACAGCAUCACGCCCAGCAGCGGCGAAUACAUUGCGAGCAGCUUUCCAGCCAAGGACCGCGACGCUAUUGGCAAGGCUAAGGACAAGACGUCACCUACAACCAAGGAGAGCCCUGGUGGGCUAAUCUCGAAGCUUUUUGGCAAUCACGACGGUGUUGGCAGCCCUCGUGGCGAAGAUCAACCGGCGCCAAUCACCACAACUCCUGCCAACAGACCGGAUCAAGGCAGGGGCAUGCCGCCGCCGCAUCACGAGGGACUUUGGGUCGUCAUUACUCCCUCAAGUGGCGCCAGUCCUUUCUUCGACACUCUGCUUGUUCUUGUGAUCAGCCCACUGAUCACACUGACCGUCGUAUAUGCGCUGCUGAUUCUCCGCGCCCGCAUUCGCAGAAGACGCUGGAGAGCACCUAAGUCUGUCGUGGAGAGGCUUCCCGUGCGAACCUACCAAACAGUGGCAAAUUCAUCGACCCAAAGCUCUCGUGUACCAUCCCCUACAAGUUCGUCGCCGACGACACCGCUUCUUCAAAGCACGGAACUGCCACAGCGACCCCGACCUCGGUCUCGAACCACUACUGGUGUUUUGACGGCCGACGAAGUCAUGCAAGCUGAGACGGCUCAUGCUGUACCCAGCUCUGCGCGGGCAAGGGGAGGGCAGAAGCCGGAGCACGAGAAGCGUGGUAGUCAGUGGAAGAAAUACAUGGGACGCCAGGUCGAGUGUGUUGUUUGUCUUGAAGAAUAUGUCGAUGGCGUCAGCCAAGUCAUGAGUCUUCCCUGCGGCCACGAGUUUCAUGUGGACUGCAUCACUCCUUGGCUUACGACUCGGCGACGUACAUGCCCCAUCUGCAAGGGUGAUGUGGUGCGGUCACUCGCCCAUGGUUCUUCUUCAAGCCCUCGCUACGAACCAUAUCGCGACGACAGCGAGGACGACGAUGUCUCCACGCACAACUCGCUACCUAGCUCUCAAGCUAGUGCAGAAGAUCGUGAGGAUCCCGACGUUGAGCGCGGAGUCAGUUCCUUGACGAGCAAUCGGCAGGAGAACUGGCUGACUAUGAUCACUGGCAUUCUGCGACCCCGUUCGACCCAGCGCAGGGACGAUCGUGGCGAACAGGACCGUGAUCGGUGAUGGCUUGCGCGCGUGCACUGUGGAUGGAGACAGCGUUGCUGUGCUUACCUCGACCUUGGUUGGCUGUUUGUUUUGGGAUAGGUUCUGCAUUUCUUUUAGCACGAGGGUUGGCGUAAGGGUUUAUUCAUAGCGAUCAGGACUCGGUAAAUAAGAUACACCACACUACUUCAGUAUUGAUUAGGUCGAAUGAGCAGAGCCAUGGUUUUCGGACGGAUGGCGAUGUUAAUGGCUCAUCAUAAUUUGUCAAUUUCCUGUAGCAAGUGAAGAGCACCACGAACUCUUUGCUCAGAAUCUCUUUCUUCGUGUUCUCCAUAAGUUCGGGUUUCUGGUGAGCCAUUGAAGUCUGCGGAAGUGACAGCCGCAGACUUCUGACGCUUGAUUUGGGGCAAACUAGAUCCCAGCAAAGCUUUGAUUCUGAAACCCC